UCUCUUCCUGUCUACUUUCCUUCCCCUACCACACAAGAAAGGCUAUGGCAUAACAAGUAACAACGUUCUAAAAAUCAGGCCAUGAGGAACUUGAUCAAGUUUGGGUGCUUGUGUUCCAAUUCAAGCGACAGGCUCUUUCAUUUUCAGCUGUCAAAAUUUCAGAUUUGUCUUCUUUCGAGCCUCUCCAGGUCAUCAUCUAAACUUUCCCAGCCCAAGAAAACGACCCAAGACACCCACUCGAAGAACCGAGCAGAAGCUAGUACGUUUAGCUUACUAUUCAGUGAGAUCAAAGAGAUUUUAGGCGCUGAUAGCUUCACUGCAGAUGGUACCCAGUCUGGGAUUUCAAUAUCCAAAGAUAUCCAUGGGAGGGACGCUGAGCUAAAGGAAGAACACCCACAUAGGACCGAAGGUGUUUGUGGAAAUGCCGAGGAUGGCAUAUUGCAAGAAAAUGAUUAUGUAUUGGCUUUGGAGGAUACCCAGUUGGGAAAUUUGGGUGGUAGCGAUGUUAGCCCAGAAGUUCAUAACAUUACGCAGAUUGUUCGGGCGGAAAACGGCUUGGUUUCGAUGGAGGAGCAGUUAGAAAAGUUGAGUGUUCGAUUCGAUUCAGAGGUUGUUGAGAAAGUGUUGAAAAGGUGCUUUAAAGUGCCACAUUUGGCUUUAAAAUUCUUCGAUUGGGUGAAGCUCAGAGAUGGGUUUCGUCAUACAACGAAGACCUACAAUACCAUGUUAUCCAUAGCUGGGGAAGCGAGAGAGUUUCAGCUGGUGGAGAAGGUGGUGGAGGAAAUGGAGAAGAACUUGUGUGAGAAAGAUAUCAAGACUUGGACCAUUAUUAUCUCCCUAUAUGGGAAUGCAAAGCUAAUUAGCAGAGCCUUGUUGGCCUUUGAGAAUAUGAGGAAGUGUGGUUGUGAGCCAGAUGCACAGGUUUACAAGAAGAUGAUACGUGCACUUUGCUCUGCUGGAAAAGCUGACAUUGCGAUCGAAUUCUACAAGGAGAUGAACCAGAAGGACGUGGUGCUUGAUGUGGGUUUGUAUAAGAUGCUAAUGGAUUGCAUGGCAAGAUCAGGAGAUAUUGCUGCUGUUCGCACAGUUGCAGAUGACAUGAUGAGGGUUUGUCAAAUUCCAGAGCACAAUGUUUAUGGAUGUGUACUGAAAAGUUUGUGCAUCUCAGGAAGAAUUAGAGAAGCUUUAGAAUGGAUUCGUGAACUCAAAAGUAAAGAUUUAACACUUGACCCUGAAUACUUUGAGACCUUAGUGAAAGGACUGUGUAGGGCUGAUAGAAUUGCCGAUGCUUUGGAAAUUGUUAAUAUUAUGAAGAGAAGACAUCUUGUUGAUGGGAAAGUUUAUGGGAUUAUCAUCAAUGGGUAUUUGAAGAGAAAUGAUGUUUCUAAGGCACUUGAUUUGUUUCAAAGCAUGAAAGAGUCUGGGCACAUGCCUAUGACUUCUACCUAUACAGAGCUGAUGCAGCGUCUUUUCAGAUUGGGCGAGUAUGAAAAGGGCUGUGUGCUAUAUAAUGAGAUGUUGGAAAGAGGAGUUAAGCCAGAUACCGUGGCAAUCACAGCCAUGGUUGCAGGUCAUGUCAGCCAAAACCGUGUAUCUGAAGCAUGGAAAGUUUUUAAGAGUAUGGAGGACAGAGGCAUCAAGCCUACAUGGAAAUCUUAUUCGGUAUUCAUUAAGGAGCUUUGCAAGGUUUCAAGGACAGAUGAAAUUUUCAAGGCUUUAAAUGAAAUGCAGGCAUCUAAGAUAGACAUUCGAGAUGAAAUAUUUGAUGGGGUUUUGUCCUAUAUGGAGAAAAAGGGUGAGCUGGACAGUAUUGAAAAAGUAAAGCGGAUGCAAAGAAUCUGUAAGCUUCACCCACAAGAAGGCGAGUUACCUAGGUCUUCUGAUGCAUCCGGAGAACAGAAGCUCAAGCUGGAGUUGAACUCCAACCAAUCAGAGGCGGUAAGGAUAGACUGUCACUUAAUGGAGCCACCUACAAAGAACUAUGAUGAGCAGGAUUUGCAUGAAGUUUGUAGGAUUUUGUCAUCCUCAACAGAUUGGUACUUAAUUCAAGAAGCUUUGGAGAAGUGCAAUGUACAGUUCACACCAGACCUUGUUGUGGAGAUCUUGCGCAAUUGCAAUAUGCAUGGUUCUGCUGCAUUACACUUUUUCUCAUGGGUAGGGAAACAAUCUGGUUAUAGCCACACUACAGAAACUUACAACACGGCUAUUAAACUUGCCGGACGAGGAAAAGAUUUCAAGCACAUGAGACACCUUUUCUAUGAAAUGAGAAGAAGAGGUUGCUCCAUAACAUCUGAUACAUGGACAAUCAUGAUAAUGCAAUAUGGCCGUACAGGUCUGACUGAGAUUGCUCUGAAUAUUUUUGGGGAGAUGAAAGUUGAUGGCUGUAAACCAAAUGGCAGCAGCUACAAGUAUUUGAUUAUAAGCCUUUGUAGGAGGAAAGGUAGGAAGGUGGAUGAAGCCAUUAAAAUAUUUGAGGAGAUGACGGAUGCGGGAUAUAUCCCGGACAAAGAACUGGUUGAAACUUAUCUUGGUUGUUUAUGUGAAGUUGGUAGGCUGUUAGAUGCUAGAAGAUGCGCAGAUUCCCUUCGUCGAGUCGGUUUUGCAAUUCCACUGAGUCAUUCCUUGUACAUCAGGGCGCUUUGUCAAGCGGGGAGGGUGGAAGAAGCUCAAGCAUUGGUGGAUGAGGUUGGUGCAGAAGCGGAAGGAUCUAUUUUGGAUAAGUACACUUAUGGAAGCCUUGUUCAUGGACUACUACAAAAGGGUCGCAUGGAAGAGGCAUUGGCUAAGGUGGAUUCUCUGAAGCAGGCCGGGAUUUCUCCAACCGUCCAUGUCUAUACAUCUUUAAUGGCUCAUUUCAUGAAGGGGAAUCAGAUAGAAAGAGCUCUCGAAAUUUUCCAGAAAAUGCAACAGGAAGGUUGUCAACCAACUGUUGUUACUUAUACAGAACUGGUACGAGGUUACAUGAACAUGGGGAAGGUGGCUGAUGCUUGGAACAUCUUCCACCGGAUGAAGUUGAAAGGUCCUUUACCUGAUUUUAAAUCUUAUUCAAUUUUCAUUACUUCUCUGUGUAAGAUAGGUAGAUCUGAAGAGGCCUUGCAGCUUAUAUCAGAAAUGAUUGGUAGUGGGAUUGUUCCCAGUACUGUUAAUUUUCGAGAAGUUUUUCAUGGGCUAAAUAGAGAAGGGAAGCAAGAUUUAGCCCGUACUGUGUUGAAACAAAAAUCAGCUUUAAGAUCUAAACGAAAGUUCUUGACAUAAUCUAUCUUGAUUAUUUUUUUUC